ACAGAUCCUCCAGAAGGAAGGGGAAUUGAACUCUCAGGACAGUUUUAGAAAAAUGUUCCUGUUAUACGUCAAGACUUCAAGAAGAACAUCUUUGAGAACUUCAGCUUUUCUGAUAAUUGUGAUUAAAGUCUUGUGCUGUCAAACCUUCACAUGUCGUCCUGAAGAGUAUCAGAUAGAGAAUGAAUGCUGCCCAAUGUGUCCACCUGGAAACAGAAUGGAAACAGAUUGUACAGAGUUCAGUGAUACAUCAUGUCUGCCCUACAUGAGUGGAACUUAUAUGGAUAAAGCUACUAAACGUACACUUUGUUUCCCAUGCACCAACUGUGAUGCAGGUUCUGGUCUGAAGGUAAAGAGGUCAUGUACAACAACAUCAGAUACAGUUUGUGAACCACUUGAAGGAUUCUUCUGUAUUGACUUAAUAAAGGACCACUGUGCAGCAGCACAGAAACACAAGGACUGUGAUCCAGGACAAUACAUCAAGGAAAAAGGUACAUCCUCCUCAGACACUGUGUGCUCUGACUGCAGUGAUGGAACAUUUUCAGAUGGAACAUUAACAUCUUGUCAACAACACACACAAUGUGAAUCAAUGAACCUUCAGCUGAUAACAGCAGGAACUAAGUCAGCUGAUUCUGUUUGUGGGGAACAAACUUCAAAUGUUGGAAUUCUUGUAGGCGGACAAACAGGUGUUGGAGCUUUUGUAGGCAUAAAAAUUUCAAAUGUUAAAGUUACUGUGGGCAAACAAACUUCAAAUGUUGGAGUUGUUGUGGUCAAAAAAACUUCAAAUGGUGUAGUAAUGGAAGACGUAGAAAUUUCAGACGUUAAAGUUACUGUGGGCAAAAAAAAUUCAAAUGUUGGAGUUAUUGCGGGCGAACAAACUUCAAAUGUUGGAGUUAUUGCGGGCGAACAAACUUCAAAUGUUGGAGUUAUUGCGGGUGAACAAACUUCAAAUCAUGUAAAAAUGGAAGGCAUAAAAAUUUCAAAUGUUAAAGUUACUGUGAGCGAACAAACUUCAAAUGAUGGAGUUAUUGCGGGCAAACAAACUUCAAAUGUUGGAGUUAUUGCGGGCAAACAAACUUCAAAUCAUGUAGUAAUGGAUGACAUAGAAAUUUCAGAUGUUGGAGUUACUGUGGGCACAGACAAAAACAAUCAUGCAGACAACUCCAGAGAGACACCUCUACGUACACAACAAUCAGUGGAAGAAUUGAUGUCAUUGUCAGAGCAGGAGGAGGGCUAACCUGUGUAACCAGUCUAAACUCUCAGAUGAAAUCUGUUUUCUGUGGACUACAUUUGCUCCAGAAUCCAGUUAUUAUUCGUUUGGAUGCUGUCUUCACAGAGAACAGAAAAGACAAAUCAAUAAGAACAAUUUCUGGCUCAGAACAGCCUGCUGACAGUGACAUAUACUGUAGACGUUUUAGAAGUUUUGCAUGUGUUAUGUAUGAAUGGUGACUGAUGCCAUAUUAAUAGAUGAACUGUACUGAUGCCUUUGCACACCACAUAUGCUUGUUUUAAUUGCUGCUCUCUUGAUUGACUUAAUAGACAGUGCAUGGCUGUCCUGAUUCUACCCGUAUCCCUUAGCAAAGUUAAGCUUUAACAUGAGUUUUAUCACUAAAUUAUUAAUAGUUUUAAAAAUAAUAAUAAUAAUACAUGAAAUAUAUAUUUGCACAUAUUUAAAACUAUAAAAUGUAAAUGUAAACAUCUAAUCUUGUGCAAGUGUUAACAUCUUCUGUCUGUCCAGAGAGCUCAGAGUACAUGGGCUGAAAAGUGUAUGAAUAUGGGUUAAUAGGAAUCAGGAAGAGAAGAACAGAUGUUAUAGCUAGCAACGUUUUUAAUCACAUUAAUGAAUAUAAAGCAAAACUCUAGAAGUCAAGCAAAGUGAAUUAAAGCACUGUCUCUAAAACUCCAACUCCAAUCACAUCACUGUAUCCUCCAGUACUGGGCUUUUAACUGGUCUCAAGGUUAGAACAAAAACCCACGGUGAGCUCUCAUUUUAUUAAGGCCCAGGCCUGUUUGUGUUGCAUUUCUUUAUGUAUGAAAAGUGCUAUAUAAAUAAAGUUUGAUUUGAUUUGA